CCAUCUCUGCCACUAUUUGAACGAACCCGGGUUGUUGCAGGAAGAUGUGGAUAUUGCUUGUGUUUGUGUUCAUGUUCUCCUGGAAUCUGCUGAAUGCCUUUUCUGUUUCUGUUCCCAAAGACAAAUAUAAAGCAUGUUAUGGCAGCAAUGUGACUAUGGAAUGCAGUUUUCCAGUGGGAGAAAAAUUAGACCUGAGUGCCCUGACUGUUUAUUGGGACAAAAAAAGAGAGUUUCUUGUGAAAUUUGUUCAUGGUGAAGAAGACCUCAAAAUCCAGAACAGCAACCCACGAUUAAGGCAUUUGAAUGACCAACUAUUCAAGGGAAAAUCUCUGCUUCACAUCACCAACGUGAAAGUAGAAGAUGCUGGGGUUUAUCGCUGCCUUAUUGGCUAUGGGGGAGCUGAUUACAAGUGGAUUACUUUGACCGUCAAUGCCCCAUACAGUAAAAUAAACCACAGGAUCAAAGUGGAUCCAGUCACCUCUGAGUACGAAAUCACAUGCCAGUCAGAAGGUUAUCCUAAAGCAAAGGUCAUCUGGAAAAGUGGGGAUCAGGAUCUAAGUAGCAAAGCUACUGUAAUGUAUUCAAUUGGACGGGAAAAGUUGUUCAACGUGACAAGCACUCUCAGGAUCAACACAACGGCGAAUGAAGUUUUCCAAUGCUUGUUUCAGGAAAAGGAUACUGGGAAAAAUACUACAGCUCAGAUUGUCAUCCCAGAGAAACAUGAAUCAUCUGAGACAGACCUGAGAACUUACUUUGGGACCCUAGGAGCUGUCAUUUUCUUUGGAUUGAUUCUGAUGUUUCUCUGCUGUAGAAAAAGAGAUGGUAUUACAUUUUAA